UUGCCGCAGUAAAUACAUCGGUGGUGUGUUGCGGUUGCUUUUAACGUAAACGUUUUGCCUGCUCGUUUGCCGUACUGGUUAGCCAGUGUCGUAGCUACACGAGAUCUCGUGUUAACUUUUUCGGUACGUUUUGGUUAAGUUUAAACGCAUUUGCGCCGUCGUCCGCACGAGUAGCAACGCCAAUUGACGGCGAAGCAUCCGAAAUUUCGAAUUAGCUCAGCGGUUUUUGGCGAAAAUUUCAUUUUUGCCAUUAUCUUUUUUGGCAUCAAUUUGAUACCCGUGCAUAUAGGGGUCUUAUAAAGUGUUGCUUCGGUGUUUUGUGUCUUAUUAUUUUUUUUUUGGAACGGCGCAGUCAUCGUUAUAGUCUUUUGUAGUGAAUUGUUACUGCUGCGAAUGUACGACAGUGUAUAUGUGUGCAUAUAUUUUUUUUAAUAAAACUUCGAGUCGACUUGCCGUUCAUGCUAAACUUGAUUUUUAAGCUGAGCUUGCAAAAAAACAAAAAACGAAAACAAAAACAAAAAUAUGAAACCAUAGUGUUUACGGGCGCGAAUUCCACAUAGAAAAGAAAUAUACGAGCGCAAAAACAAGUCUGUCUGUCUGUUUUUGUUAGCGGACUUUACGAUUAUGAGCUGUGAAAUUGUGUAGUGACAAAGGCAAAAAAGUGCGCAAAUAAUACAAAAUAAUAACAACAAAAUUUUUUAAUUAACAAGAUUUAUGAAUUGUUUGAAGUGAUUGCGACGCGUUAGUGUUGUGGCUCUAGUGCUUUCGGCGACAAAAAAUCUGUGCUAAAGCCAUUAACUUUUUCAAAUCGAGCUUCAUUUAUUUAUAUUGUCCUGGAUUAAAUAUACUUAAAUAGCUCGAUUUUGUGCGCGUUGCAAAUAACUGCGGUUUGGAGAAGUGAAAGAAUAAAAAUUGUGGCAUGAAAACAAAGUGUAAAUAAUAUGACUUCAUAACUGGAAGCAUACACCUGUGUCACUUUAAUCAAUUUUGCUUGGUGAAAUCAGCAAACUGUGUGGCGUAAUUUCAAAAAUUGUUUUCGAAUUAUUGCAACAAAAUGUUGGAUGCCAGCUACUUGCAGGACUAUGAUGUCCCACGUCCACAAGCCAUAAAAAUUCAAAAGAAACUUUAUGCGAAAGCGAUCUAUGACAACAUUGCCGACUCGCCCGAUGAGUUGGCCUUCAAGAAAGGCGAUGUCCUCACCGUCAUAGAACAGGACACAGACGGCCUCAAAGGUUGGUGGCUCUGCUGUUUGCGUGGACGCGAGGGCCUCUGUCCCGGCAAUCGGCUACGCAUAUUAAACUCUUACGAUUCCGGCUGUUAUUCGCUGUCGCCACCGCCCUCACCGUGUCCCUCGCUGGCGCCCAGCCUGCUCACCUUGAACAGCAACUCCACCGCUUGUUAUGAUCAUUUGUCCAUUAACAGCAGUGGUGGCACCAUCAGCAGCAGCGGCAGCAGUAGUCACCAUGCCAGCAGCCAUGCGAACGCCCACAACGGUGUCGGACUGCGCGACAAUCAACAGACACACCUCCUGACACAGCAGCAGCGACAGGGCACACGACGCUCCUGGCAUGUAUCGCCGAAUAAGGUAAUAACACCGCAGCGUUACGGUGAUGUUUACAUCUACAACUGUGCGGCAACAGCAACCCCCUACAGUCGGCACAGUCAGCCAAGUCAACAGUUACAACAACAACAGCAACAACAACUAUAUAGCAACCAAAGUAUAUAUCAGAAUAUCGGCAUGAUGUCGGCGACGGCGUCCAAUGGCAGCGGCAACGGCAGCGAGUUCGAGACCUACGAUACACCAAAACCGGCCACACCGGUCAAUUACGAUUGCCCCAAGAAUGUGUGUCGAACACCAACACAAUUGCGCUUCGGUGACACGACGCUGCACAACAUGAAGGGCUGCUCAACACCCAUACAAGAGGAGUCCUACGAUGUGCCGCGUCCACUGAACACGCUCAUCCAGCAGCAGCAGCACACUUUGACGCCGAGCAGCUCGAACUCUUCGUUGCUCACCAGCGACAGCUUGAGUUUGUCCUUCUCGUCGUCCAAUCGCUCGUCUUUGGCGAAUAUGCCCGACUAUGAUGUGCCGCGACGCAAUCCAUUGCCGGUGCGCGCCGUACAACAGCAACAGCAGCUUUUGCUGCAACAACGCCAAACGCCGACGCAAAGCGUGAACGGUCAGAGCGCCGCUUACGACUUCCCGCUGCCGUCGAAUCUGAGCACGCCACUGGUGGAGAAAUCGUCGCCCAACGCCACGCUAAUGGCCGCCGCGGCCAGCAAGGAGCUGCCGCUGGAACUGUCCUCGGCGCUGUACACGCUGGACAAAUUGCAAUUCGAGGCCAAGACCGCAAUCACAAAAUUGCUCUCCUUUGUCACGCCUAGUUGGCGGCAGCGCGAGAAACUGGAACCCGUGCUGAUGGAUGUCAAAUUGACGGCGGUGCGUUUGCGCACGGCGUUGCACGAUCUCAGCGAGUUCGGCGAAGGCGCGCUAGGCAACGCGACACGCUCCGAAGAUCGCAAUUUGGCGCUGAAGCUGCGACCGCAUGUGCGCGCGCUGCGCGAUGCCGACAAGCUGAUACACGACACCACAGAGACGCUGGACGCGCAGGGUUGGGCCAUCGAGCAGCUGAUGCGCAGCGAAGAGAAAUUCAAGACCAACAACAAACCGCCCGAUAGUCUCGAUCAGCUGAUUGCGUGCGCGCAAACGCUGACCGAAGAUGUGCGCCAAACCACCUCGUUCAUACACGGCAACGCAUCGCUGCUGUUCAAACGCAGUCUGAGCGAGUGCGGCGCCGAUGAGGAGGAGAGCGCGAAAUGCGCUGGCACAACACAAGCGCCACAAACACCCAAUCGCGGCAGUUCGGAGUGGGUGGAAGACUAUGAUUAUGUUUCCUUCGAGUCGAAAGAUGCGGCAGCGCGUAAGAACUCGGCGCUGCGCGAGGCAAUACCAGCCAAUUUGAAGAAAAAUUUCGACACUGUCAUAAAAGCGGCAGAAACCACCGUUAUGGCCGCGUCCAAUGCGCCAACAACGAACGCGAACACGAAGAAGCCCGAGCUAACGGUUAAGGAUAAGAAAUUGGUAUGCUACUAUGCCGUGCAAAUAUCGACGCACAUGGGUAAUCUACAGCAGGCGAUCGACUCCUUUUUGGAGACGGUCGAGAAGAAUCAGCCACCGAAAUUCUUUAUAGCCUAUGGCAAAUUUGUUGUGGUCAGCGCGCACAACCUGGUCACCAUUGGCGAUAUAGUGCAUCGCAAUGUCUCUAAGGCGGAACUGCGGGAAAAGAUAUUACGCUGCACAGACGCGCUCUCGGAGGCGCUCAAGACGUGCGUGCAAAAGUCCAAAAAGGCAGCGGCGCAAUUCCCCAGCGUUACGGCGGUGCAAGAGAUGGUGGACUCUGUGGUGGAUAUAAGUCACCUGGCGGCGGAUCUCAAAGUGGCCAUGCUGCAGGCCGUGCAGCUGAGUUUAUAAGUCGACUUGCGGUCGUACGGCCGCCACUUAUUGUUUGUCAAAGGCUUCCAAAGUCUUCCACAAGUUGGCAUAGAACCCAGCGCUACUUAGGAGUGGGGAAGAUUUUUCUACGAAAUCGCAGCUAAGAUAACUACGUACUACAUAGUGAAUGUGCUUCAAUGCUUUAUGCUUCCAGCAACAAUUUAUAUACAUACAUAUAGAAUGGAGUUAUAGCAUAUAACUGUAAUUUAUAGCACAAGCAUUACAUAAUCGAACGAAGCUGACUGCUAGGCCAAGCGUGCCGACAUAAUCAAAAGCCAAAUUCUUGUCGUUUAAAGCGAAAAUCUUAAACGGUAUUGCAAUAAUAACAAAUACAUACAUAUAUACAAACAUACAUACACCAUAAAUGGACAACUAUUGGAAGAGCAGUUUGUUUUAAUUUAGAAAAUGUGUCCAAAGAACGAACGGAAGGGACUGGCACUUCUUAUACAGAACAACAA